GAAGAAUCGUAUCAAAGCAGAAAUCAUGAGUGUCAAGACUGUUUCUUUGAAGCCUUUUACGGAUCAGAAGCCAGGAACUUCUGGUCUCCGUAAGAAGGUGGUUGUUUUCCAACAAGAACACUACAGCGAGUCCUUCGUUACCUCCAUUCUCCUCUCCAUCCCCGAGGGUGUCAAGGACAGUUUCCUCGUUAUUGGUGGCGAUGGACGAUACUGGAACCCAGAGGUGGUGCAAUUGAUUGCAAAGAUCGGUGCCGCGUACGGUGUCAAGAAGUUGUUGAUUGGUCAAAAUGGUAUCUUGAGUACCCCCGCGGCGUCGCAUGUUAUCAGAAAGAGAAAGGCGACUGGUGGUAUCUUGUUGACUGCUAGUCACAAUGCUGGAGGCCCAAAGAAUGAUUUUGGUAUCAAAUACAACCUCGCCAAUGGUGGACCAGCUCCAGAAUCGGUUACAAACAAGAUUUUCGAAGCCUCAAAAACUCUCACCGAGUACAAGAUUGCCGAUAUCCCAGAAGUCGACAUUGCUACAAUUGGCACAAAAACAUAUGGUUCAUUGGAAGUUGAGAUUAUUGAUUCAUGUGCCGAUUAUGUUGAGAUGUUGAAGGAUAUCUUUGAUUUCCCUCUCAUCAAGAAAUUCUUCGAAACACACACCGACUUUAAGGUUCUGUUUGAUGCCCUCUCUGGUGUCACUGGUCCUUACGGAAAGGCUAUCUUUGAGACUGAAUUGGGUCUUCCAAGCUCUAGCACACAAAACUGUAUUCCUUCGCCAGAUUUCAAUGGAGGUCACCCAGAUCCUAACUUGACCUACGCUCACUCACUUGUUGAGGCUGUUGAUAAGGGACAGAUUCAUUUCGGUGCUGCAAGUGAUGGAGAUGGAGACCGUAACAUGAUUUACGGAGCUAAUGCGUUCGUCUCCCCUGGUGACAGUCUUGCAAUUAUUGCUCACUACGCCCAAUCUAUUCCAUACUUCAAGAAGCAAGGUGUCUACGGUCUUGCCCGCAGUAUGCCAACAUCUGGAGCUGUUGAUCUUGUUGCUAAAGCUCAAGGUCUCAACUGCUAUGAAGUUCCUACCGGAUGGAAAUUCUUCUGUGCUUUGUUCGAUGCUGAUAAGCUUUCCAUCUGUGGUGAGGAAUCUUUCGGUACUGGAUCAAACCAUAUCCGUGAAAAGGAUGGCCUCUGGGCUGUUGUUGCUUGGUUGAACAUUAUCGCCGCUAUUGGUGAAAAGGAUCCAAGUGUUACUCCAAGUAUUGCCAAGAUUCAACAUGAUUUCUGGACCAUCUAUGGACGUACUUUCUUCACUAGAUACGAUUAUGAAGAUGUUAGCAGUGAGGGUGCUGCAAAGGUUGUUAAGGAUUUGAAUGCCAAGAUUGAGGAUUCUUCAUUCAUUGGCAGCAAGAUUGGUGACCGUACAGUUUCUGAUGCAGGAGAUUUCUCCUACACUGAUCUUGAUGGCAGCGUUUCACCCAACCAAGGUCUUUACGUUAAAUUCUCUGAUGGAUCCCGAAUCGUCGUUCGUCUCAGUGGUACUGGUUCUUCGGGUGCUACUAUUAGAUUGUAUAUUGAGAAACAUACAGAUGAUAAGAGUACCUAUGGUCAAGAUGCUCAAGUAUUCCUGAAGGAUAAUGUAGAUUUCGCUGUGGAGUUGUUGAAGUUUAAGGAGUAUAUCGGUAGAACCGAACCAGAUGUUAAGACUUAGAUUAGUCUGAAGGCAAUGUGGGGUUGAAAAUAAAAGGGUCAGUUAUGAAAAAUAGUUUUAGCGUUGCA